GACGGAUGCUGAGGGGAAGCGGCACUCUGACUGAGAGCGAGGUCAGAAGCGCACUGCCCCACGCUCUCUGCCACUGAGAAGUUCCUUGGACGCGAACAGAUGUCGACUGCAGUUCUGCAGAGUGCGGCGCGAAUGAGCUAGCGAGCCAGAGCCGCCAAAUCGCUGGCGCCCUCCGCGGGGAGAAGCAGUUCCAGCCCCGUGGCCACUGCUUGGCCCGCGCGCGCCCUGCAAAGCCUGCACCACCGUCGCCCUGCCAUGGCGGAGGUGGGGGGGGUCUUUGCCUCCUUGGACUGGGAUCUUCACGGCUUCUCCUCAUGUCUGGGGAACGUGCCCUUAGCUAAUUCCCCACGUUUCCUGAAUGAACGCCUGGGCCAGAUUGAGGGAAAGCUGCAGCGUGGCACGCCCACAGACUUCGCCCACCUGAAGGGAAUCCUGCGGCGCCGCCAGCUCUACUGCCGCACCGGCUUCCACCUAGAGAUCUUCCCCAACGGCACUGUGCACGGCACCCGCCACGACCACAGCCGCUUUGGAAUCCUGGAGUUUAUCAGCCUGGCUGUGGGGCUGAUCAGCAUCCGGGGAGUGGACUCUGGCCUGUACUUAGGAAUGAAUGAGCGAGGAGAACUAUAUGGGUCGAAGAAACUCACACGUGAAUGUGUUUUCCGGGAACAGUUUGAAGAAAAUUGGUACAACACCUAUGCCUCAACCUUGUACAAACACUCGGACUCAGAAAGGCAGUAUUAUGUGGCCCUGAAUAAAGAUGGCUCACCCCGAGAGGGAUACAGGACUAAACGAUACCAGAAAUUCACUCACUUUUUACCCAGGCCAGUAGAACCUUCGAAGUUGCCCUUCGUGUCCAGGGACCUCUUCCACCAUAGGUAAUAGACCUCUGAUGUAACCUCUGUGACCCAUGGACUCUGGGGUCAUAGUUGCCUCUGCAAGCACUAUAUUGAUAGCGUUUUGAUCCUUCCAUUCUAUCAAUCUAGAUAACAGAGAAAUGCUUACUGUUCAUCUCAACCCAGCUGUUCUCUUGUUCAAAGUGUAUAUCAAGGUUGGGUUAUUUGGGGGACCGAUAUGGGGGAGAUAUGGGAUCAAGGGAAUCUUGUAAAUACUUUUUCUUUUUUCAUGUUCUUUUCCUUAAGAAGGCAUGACAAAGAAUGGGGGCCCCUUCCAAGACCCAGAGGUGUCUUGCCAAACAAUCUACCCAAAUACCUUGACAAUGGGUAUAAAUGAAAGACCAAGGAA